UGCCAGUACCAAACAAACAUGUCAAAGUUCAACCACUGACAAUCCCAAAUGAAGGACACCACCCGAUCCUCAGUAUAUAGACAGAUUUUUGUACAAAGAGCCCAUAGCUGCUGUCUAUAGGGUUACCAAGAUGAGGACAGCCUUGUGUUUGUGGAUCGUCAUGGCAGUGCUCUGCCCAGGAGAGGUCAAAGGUCAUAAAGGUCACGGAGGUGACCGCCACCAGGGUCAAGGGCUUGACCAGGACCAUGAUCACGGGCACGAUAACGACCAUGACCACGGGCACAGUCGAGACCAUGAACACAGGCGAGACCACAACCACGGGCAUCAUCAUCCUGAGCCCGGUGACAAUGGCACCAAACCAGUGAUACAAGGUAACGGGGGGUUUGCCUUCAGCCUGUACAAGCAGCUGGUGGUUCAGCCUGACAACCAGGGCAAAAAUGUGUUCUUCUCCCCACUGAGUGUGUCCCUGGCCCUGGCUGCUCUGUCCGUGGGGGCCAGGGGUCAGACCCACCAGCAGCUCUUCACUGGUCUGGGCUUCAACAGCAGCCUACUGACACAAGAACAGGUGGACCAGGCCUUCCAGACCAUACUCACACAGCUCAACCAGAAGAACGGAGUGGACCUGUCCAUAGGAAGUGCACUUUUCCUGCACAACACCUUCAAACCACACCCUGAGUUCCUCAAGGACAUGAAGCGCUUCUACCUCUCCGAGGGUUUCACUGUCGACUUCACCAACACGGCCGAGGCCAUCGACACGAUCAAUAAAUACGUGGGGGAAAAGACUCGAGGCAAGAUAGACAAGUUAGUCAAAGAUCUGGACCCAACCACUGUCAUGUAUCUCCUCAGCUACAUAUACUUCAAAGGAAAAUGGGAGAUUCCAUUUGACUCUAAAGACACAAAGGAGGACACAUUCCAUGUGGAUGACAACACCACUGUUACGGUCCAGAUGAUGAGCGUGAAGAAGAGGUUCUCUGUCUACUACGACCAGGAGAUCUCCACCAGUAUCCUGCAGCUCCACUACAACGAGUCAGUGUCAAUGAUGCUGGCGCUACCAGAGAAGGGACUCGCUAGUCUGGAGGAGGCCAUAUGUCAGAACCACAUCACCAAGUGGCACAGGUGGAUGAAGGCCAGGGAAUACCAGGUGCAUGUUCCCAAGAUGUCUAUCACCACAACAUACUCCCUCAAGGACGUCCUGAGUGGAAUGGGAAUGCCGGACAUAUUCAGUAAUGGAGCUGACUUCAGCGGAAUAUCAGAGGAUCUGAAGGUGGCUGUUUCAGAGGUGGCGCACCAGGCCUCCUUGGAUGUGGAUGAGGCCGGAGCGACUGCAGCAGCUGCUACAGGUGUGGUCAUCACGCCCCUCUCCUUCCGACGCACCCCUGUGUUGAAGUUCGACCGUCCGUUCAUGGUCAUUGUCAUGGACCAGGAGACCAGGAGUAUUCUCUUCAUGGGCAAGAUCAUCAACCCAGCCAACAAAUAAAACCAGUGCUAUGUAAAACCAGUGUUGUAGAAAACAUGUGCUCUAUAAAAGCUGUGUUCUAUAAUCGCAAAUUGAAGCGUAAGCGCAUGCUUUGCCUGUGCUGCUGUUACAAAACCCAUCCAAACUUCUCUGGCUCAAUCUAGCCUGGGAAGCUAAAACUAACAAGCGUGUAAAUCCUCUGUAUUCACUUUGGUGGAUAUUUUUACAACUACUAAAUGCAUAUCACCAUU